AUGGCCUCCUCCUCCAAAACGAUCGCCAUCCUACCCACCCCCAACACGCUCGAGGAGAGCUGGAACCUUCUCAGAGAAGGGACCGAUCAGAUGAUGACCCGUCCGGACGAAGGGAUGACCUAUGCCAAGUAUAUGCAGCUCUACACAAUCAUCUACGACUACUGCACCUCCUCCAAGCUGAACUCAACCGGACCUGAAACCCUUCAAGCGGCCAGCUCACUCAACAGGACUGGAGCUAAUCUCAUGGGAGCCGAUCUUUACAAGUGCUUGCAACAAUACUUCGUGGAACACGUCAAAGGGAUCUGCCAGGCAUCCGUGGAACUCGAGGGCGAGAAAUUUCUGAAGUAUUACACCGAACAAUGGGACCGAUUCACAACAGGGGCCAGCUUCGUCCAUCGCAUGUUCACCUACCUCAACCGACAUUGGAUCAAACGAGAGAAAGACGAGGGACGCAAGAAUGUCCAUUUGGUCUACACGCUCGCAUUGGUCAAUUGGAAAGAGAACUUCUUUGUCGACAUUCAGAAACAGAACAAAUUAACCCUCGCCGUACUGAGCUUGAUCGAAAACCAAAGAAACAGCGAAGCCAUAGAUCCCAAUCUCGUCAAACGCGCGGUUGACUCUUUCGUCUCUCUGGGUUUGGAUGAAAGCGAUUCGAAUCGCCAGAAUCUAGAUGUCUACAAGGAAUCGUUUGAAGGACCUUUCCUAAAAGAAACCGAACGUUACUACCGACUCGAAUCUGAGUCCUUCAUUGCGAAGACAUCUAUCCCCGAAUAUAUGCAAAAGGCUGAGAUGCGAUUGAAAGAAGAAGAGAAUCGCGUAGACAUGUACCUUCAUCUUAGCUCGAGGCGACUGCUUGUCACAACUUGCGAAACCGUAUUGGUCAAGGAACACGCCGAACUCCUACAAGAAGAAUUUUUGAGGCUGCUAGCGAACCAAAAAGAAUCUGAUCUGAGUCGGAUGCACGGUCUGCUGGGACGCAUUCCAGAAGGGCUUGACCCGUUACGCGCCCAAUUCGAACAGGCAACCAAGGCCAGUGGACUAGCAGCGAUCGAAAGCAUUGCAGGAGACAAACCUGAAGCCGUCGAACCCAAGGCUUACGUGGACGCGAUCUUGGGGGUUUACCAAAAAUACUCGGACUUGGUCAAGAAGUCCUUCAGAGGUGAAGCUGGAUUCAACGCGGCACUCGACAAGGCUUGCCGAGAGUUCAUCAACCAGAAUGCCAUCACCGGUAAAUCCAGUCAGAAAUCACCGGAGCUUUUGGCCAAGUACUCUGAUCAACUGUUGAAGAAGACCAAUAAAGUUGGUGAGGAAACCGACUUGAACAUCGCGCUAGUCCAAACCAUGACUGUGUUCAAGUACAUUGAGGCUAAAGAUGUUUUCCAGAAGUUUUACUCGAAGAUGCUCGCCAAAAGAUUGGUAUAUUUCCAAUCCGCAUCAGAUGACGCUGAAGCGAGUAUGAUCAGCCGGUUGAAAGAUCAAUGCGGAUUCGACUAUACAGCCCGGAUGCAGCGGAUGUUUUCAGACAUGGCGCUCUGCAAAGACUUGAACGACCAAUUCAAGGAGCGAAUGUCACAAACGCACGAUGCUUCCGAUCUUUCAGUUGACUUCCACGCACUGGCACUGGCCACGGGUUCAUGGCCGCUCCAAGCGCCGUCGACCGGGCUGACGAUCCCGAUCGAGCUUGCGCCGACGUACGAGCGGUUCUCGCUCUACUACCAGAACAAGCAUUCGGGGCGCAAGCUGAGCUGGUUGUGGCAGCUGUCGAGGAUGGAGCUGAAGACGAACUACACGAAGACGAAGUACACGUUGAUGGUCUCGAGCUACCAGGGGGCGAUUCUCUUGCAGUUCAACGUCGGCGGGGACAGUCUCUCGUACUCGGAGAUCUCUGGUGGGACCGGCUUGGAUGAGGCGACGCUCAAGCCGACCCUGGCUCUACUCGUCAAGCAGAAGGUGCUGACCCAAGAUGAUGAUACGUAUGAUUUGAAUCUGGAGUUCAAGUCCAAGAAGAUCCGAGUCAGUCUCAAUGCGCCCAUCAAGGCCGAACAGAAGGCCGAGUCUGCUGAUGUGAUGAAGACGGUGGAUGAGGAUCGGAGGCUGCUUAUCCAGGCAGUGAUUGUCAGGAUCAUGAAAUCGCGCAAGACGCUGAAGCAUCAGGCGUUGAUCCAAGAAUCGAUUGGCCAACUGGCGUCGCGCUUCAAGCCAGCGGUGGUGGAUAUCAAGAAGGCGAUCGAGACUCUGAUCGAGAAGGAGUACGUCCAGCGCCAAGAAGGCUCGCGUGAUGUGUUUGAAUAUCUAUCCCCCCGCCCCUGGUCAGUCCCACAACACCCAGCCAGCCACAAAAAAACAGCAGCAGCAUUCACCCCCCAUCCAUCCUUCCCCCCUGCCCAGGUCGGCGCCUCGAUCACCGUCCUCGGCACAAGCAUCUACGUCUUCGGCGGCCGCCUCGUCCCCACCCGCCUCAUGAUCGCCGACAUGUACCGCCUCGACCUCCACACCCUCGCCUGGCAGAAGAUCUGGCCCACAGACAGCAAGGGCAAGGCCAAAGCCACCCACCCCGAACCCACCUGGGGCCACAAACUGGUCAUCUUCGGCGGGAUGGGCUAUGCAGCCACCCCCACCCCAUCCAAGCAGCCCGCCGACUCGCCCCCCCCGAACCAUCAUCAGCCCACCGAGUCCGAGCUCGGCCUCUGUGUGCUCGACGACCUCGUCAUCUUCGACUCCAUCUCCCGCACCUGGUCCUUCCCCACCACCACCCCCGCCCCGCAGAUCGCCAUGCCCAGCCCGCGCUACGCCCAUCUCAGCUGUCUGACCAGCGAGACCGGCUACGAUCAUCCCCCGCCCGACGAUCCCGAGCAGGAGGAGAGCAGCCGCAGCCACCACUACAUCGAAAUCCCCGGCCUCACCACCCCGCCGAUCAAGAUCCUCAAGCCCAACAGGCGCCGGAGGCGGAACCUGCUCACCCUCCUCGGCGGACAGGACAUCUCGAACCGAUACAUCGGCGAAAUCAACGUCCUCGACCUCGACUCCAUGCAGUGGGUCGAAGGCCGCAGGUGGGAGAGACACUGCGGCACCUACCGAAGCGUGGCCUGCACCGCCCAGCUCACCGUCAGGCAGGGCGACCGGCUCGACGGAAGCGACAACCCUGACCACGACGAAGACUCUCUGCGCAGGCUGAGCUGGAGCGAGAAGCCGUCGGUCGAACGGCCAGAGCCCGUGUAUCUGUACUCAAACUUCAACUUCAACGACGUCCGACGAGAUCUCGAACUGAUCUCUUAUCCGACUACUCCCCCCCCACUACCUGCCACACCUUCCUCAACCGGCCAUUUCACAACCAUCCACCCCCUCUCCCAUACGAUGACAGGCGUCUUGCCAAGCGGCUUGAGAUUUCCCACCGGCGCCAUGGUCGGCAAUCACAUGAUCAUCUCUGGCACCUCGCUCAACCAGGAAAAACUGAGAGAUCAAACCGACUGCUUUGCCAUCUGGGCUCUCGACCUCUCCCAAGCCAAUCACAAGCACGUCCCCAUCAAGGUGCCCCACGGCCAACGUCCGGAUAUCUCAACCUACAACAAUACCCAGUUCGGGGCCGGCAAAGUGGUCUGGCAGAGGAUAGACCCAGGCCGGAUCAUGAUGAGCGGCAGUUGGAACCGAGCGGUCGGCUGGGGAAAUUGCUUGGUGAUCUUGGGCAACAAGGACCGGGAUAUCGUCGACGAUUACCAUCAUCGGCAGAUCAACUUUGUCGACUUGGCCUUCAUCGAUCUCGAGCCGUUUGCCAUCUACCAGCCACCCUUCUCAAACCAGAGCUACGUCCCUCAAGGAUUCAGCAGGGAAACAAGCCUGAAAUCUGCCCGUCUAGGGCUUUCCUUGCUAUCGAACGUCCAUCUAUCCGAUUUCGAGAUCGUUUGUGUCGACGGAACGGUGAUCCCACUCAACAAGCGCAUGUUAGAAGAUCGAUGGCCGUGGUUCAGGGAGCGACUCAACGAAUUCAAGCUCAAAGCAACCAAAGUCAACGUGGCCUAUCAGAAACACAUGCAGCAACACUGCCAGUCAAAGUUAAUCGAAGCCACCCAUUCUAGUGGCCAAUCCGCAGGGGAUCGGUCGAGUGGGCUGAAUCCGGCCAACGGGAGUUCUACCACCAACUCUUCAUCCAGAGAGCUCAACCAAAGUCCUUCCUCCCAGUCUUCAACCCCUACCGAAACCUCAGGCAGCGAGCAUUCCAAAGCGCGUGCAGGCUCGCUCGACUCCACCUCGUCCAACACGACUGCGCAGCUCUCGAUCCAGCCGGCAGCACUGGCAAGCAAGAUACCGGAGAUGAGCCUACCGGAGUCGUAUCAAGUGACCGCCCGAAGCCUAUAUCUGCCCCAUCCAUCCGUCGUCGUCCAAGCGCUUGUCGAGUAUCUCUUCACCACAGACCUCGUCACGCCCUUGCACCAAACCCCGGCCGUGCUCUGCUCGCUCCUCAUCCUCGCGACCACCUACAAACUCGAGCAUCUCCGGAUGCUUACCGUCCACGGCCUGCACCGAUUUCUCAGCCCCUCCACCUCCAAGUCCCUCUCCCAAUUCGGCGGCCCCGGUAAUGUCGCCGCCUUGAUCUAUGAGGCCGCCACGUUGAGCGGCUGUAUGGCGCUUCAGAUCAGAAGCUUGAAGGCCAUCAUCGCUGCUCAAUCUAAACAGCAGUCCAGCUCAAGCAGUACAGGAGUAGGAGCAGUACCGACGAACAGCAGUCGGACGGUGAUGGGAGGGACAGGCGUCGGCCUAGGUCCGGUGUCUUCAGCGCUGUCGACGGUGACGACGACGAGCAACACCACCGCCUCCUCCACAUCCUCCUCCUCCUCGUCUCUGCCUGCCGCCGGGACGACCCGAUGGCCCGGCGCUGCCCCCCCGUCGUCCACGACCACCGCUCCUGGCCUCUCCAACCCGAAUCCUGUCGGCAACCAUCCCUCGCAUCCCUCCCCGCUUGCUAAUACUAACCAGCCGUAUCCAUCGCCCAAAGGCCGCUCUGGCUGGACCCAUCGAUAA